AUGGCGGUGAAGCCACGGGGAGUUCCCGCCCCUCUCCCACACCGGAAAAGGAAGAGCCGCCAUCUUCCUCUUGCCGUACAACAUGGCGGCUCCCUCCGCUAUCCGUAUCUCCGCCUCCCGCUCGUUUCCCGGGAGCUCAAAUCGGUCCCGGGGGUGAAACCGGUGCCGACAAAGCUGUCGGGCUCGGUUUGGUCCCGGUUCGGUUUGAAACGCGGCGAGAAACAGCGGCGGGAGCGUUGCGUUCGGAGCGUCCGGUUCCUGCCCUUCGACUACGAGAUCGAGUACGUGUGCCGGCCCGAGCGCGAGAUCGUGGGGCCCAAGGUGCGCAAGUGCCAGCGCGACGGCACCUGGACGGCCAUGGGCCACCCCAGCCGCUGCCGUGAGUCACCGUCCCAUCAACGUCUCAUCGUGUCACCAUCCCAUCAUGGUCACCAUCCCAUCACUGUCUCCAUCUUGUCCCCAUCCCUGUCCCCCAUCCCAUCCAUGGUGGGGCCCAAGGUGCGCAAGUGCCAGCGCGACGGCACCUGGACGGCCAUGGGCCACCCCAGCCGCUGCCUGCGGACGUGUCCCAAGGUGCACCUGAGCCUGGAGAACGGCCAGGUGGCCGCGGGGGCCAUGGAGCGCGUCCCCGUGGAAGGCACCUGGGCCAGGUUCUCCUGCCAGCCCGGCUUCCGCCUGGUGGGCGCCGCGCGCAGCAACUGCACCAAGAGCGGCCGCUGGAGCGACCCCAAGCCCCAGUGCCUGCCUCACCGCCCCUCCUCAGGUGAGUCCGCGCCCCUCCCCCACCCCCCCCCGCCCCAAAUUUCCCUUCCCUUGGUGGGUGGGACCCCAAAACCGCCCCGGGGCCCCUCCCCCUCCUCUUCCUCCCCUCCUCUUCCUCCUCCCUCCCUCCUCCUCCUCCUUUUUAAAGCCUUCAUCCCUCGCCUUCCUCCCGUCUCCCUCCCAGCCUUCCUCGCUCCUCCUCCUCCUCCUCCUCCUCCUCCUCCUCCUCCUCCUCCUCCUCCUCCAUUUCCCAGCCUUCCUCCCCUCCCCCUCCUCUUCCUCCCAGCCUUCCUCCCCUCUCCCUCCUCCUUUUCCCAGCCUUCCUCGCUCCUCCCCCUCCUCCUCUUCCUCCUCCCUCCUCCUCCUCCUCCUUUUUAAAGCCUUCAUCCCUCCUCUUCCUCCCGUCUCCCUACCAGCCUUCCUCGCUCCUCCUCCUCCUCCAUUUCCCAGCCUUCCUCCCCUCCCCCUCCUCUUCCUCCCAGCCUUCCUCGCUCCUCCUCCUCCUCCUCCUCCUCCCCUCUCCCUCCUCCUCCUCCUCCUCCAUUUCCCAGCCUUCCUCCUCCUCCUCCUCCUCCUCCUCCUCACCCCCCGGCUCCUUCCCCGCCGGAUUCUCCGCCCCGAAUUCCCGAAUUUCCCCCCCCUUCCCUUUCUCCAUUUUUUCUUUUUUUUUUGGGAUUUUCCGUCCCUCUCCCUCCCCCUCCCCCCGACCCUCUCCCCUCCCUCCCUCCCUCCCGUCCUUUUACGGUCC